AUGUUUCGUAGUGGUAAAAUUAUAUCUCCAAGGAAUAAUUUUUUUAAUUUGAUCAAGACCACCUACAGCAAAAGACCUUUACAUGUCAAGACUGUAUCCACACCUAAUGAAAAUGCAUUGAAAUUUAUUUCAACAGAUGGUGAAUUGUUCCAAGAUAGAGGCACCCAUAGUUUAGAGAUCAAGAAUACAGAUGAUUCUCUAAUUGAGCAAUCGAAGUUUGCGCAAAGACUCUUUGUUCAAUGUCCAGGGAUUGAAUCAUUAAUGAUUGGUGAUGAUUUUGUUACUGUUAACAAAGAUGAGAUGAUACAUUGGAAUCAGAUCAAACCUAAUGUAUUAGAGAUUUUAUUACAACAGUUGUCAUCUGGAGAAUCCAUAGUGACCCAGAAGUUCCAUGAAAUUAGUAAAGAGAGUGAGUCAGGGUACGAUAUACAGUUACCAAAAUUUGAAUUAAAUGAGGACGAACAAGAGGUCAGUGAUAUGAUCGAUGAGUUGAUUCAGACAAGGAUUCGACCAGCUAUCCAAGAUGACGGUGGUGAUAUACAAUAUCGAGGAUAUGAUCCAAAGACUGGUAAAGUGUAUUUAAAACUGCAAGGUGCAUGUAAAUCGUGUUCAUCGAGUGAGGAUACAUUGAAAUAUGGUAUUGAAUCAAUGUUAAAACAUUACGUUGAAGAAGUAGAAGAAGUGAUUCAAAUACUAGACCCUGAAGAACAGAUUGCGAUUAAAGAGUUCGAAAAACUUGAACAAAGAAUAAAUAAUUCGAAAAAAGUGUAA